CACCUCUCCUCACCUUCUCCCAGGUUCCUGAUCUGGAGUGGGAGGGACGCACGCCGGCGAGGCCAGGCUACCCUUGACACGCAUGUACUCCCCCUCUCCCCUUUGUGCCCUCUCUCUCUUCCCCGACCUCUCUUUCUUAACUUCUCCUAUUUGCUAUUGUUGUGUCAGAACUGAUGGAUAUCAAGGAUUGCUGCCUUCAAGUUAUGUUUCCCCGUUAUAAGGACUCCAUUGAAUUGAUUAUUUUUUAUGGCUGGAGAUGUAGAAUGUUCUCACUAUCAACUCUGGAAUAACUAGCAAGUAGUGGUGUCAAUGGCAUCCGUGGGAGCCAUUUUGGUGGCACAUGGACAUCACGUUCUGGAAUAAAGUAAGUCUCACAAUCAACUUGGGAAGAUGAGGUAGGCUGCCUUCAAUUUUCUAUCUGGGUAGCAGCAACAAAUUCAUGAAUCUACCGCUUGUUGCCUUUGUUAUUGUGAUCUAUACAAAAAGUAAAUUUUGCUUGAAGAUUGCAGCACACACAGAUUGCUUGGCAGACUAAAAUAAGUAGGAGCUUCUGAUUGGACCCUUCAAGCAAUAGUGUUGUUAAUAUAUUAGUUAUUAUAUUAUGUUACUAGAGUAUUAGAAUAACUUCCUGAUAUAUGUGUUUAUAUGAUUUCUGACAUUUACUGCAAUAAUAUUGAUGGCCAGGCACUAUACUGUGCAUAAACAAAAAAAAUCAGUUUUUCUUUUCGUAGUUGCAACAAUUUUUCUGUACCAAUAGUGUGACACUACACUACUCUUCAUUUUUACAGGCCAUUGAACAAUAAAUAACUUGGCAACGGAUACCCUGUGGUCUACAAUUAUACUGUAAUUAUGUGUGCACUUUGGAUCUAUUGGAUGUCUGAAUGUAUUGUUAAUCGACAACUAGUGAUGCAAAGGAUGAAUUAGUAACUUUGUGUGGAGGUGGCACCACUACCUGCUGGUUGGUGUAAUGCCGUGCUUGACAGGGUGAUCUGCAAUUUUGAGUUUGUUUAAUGGCUUAAUGUCUAAGCACUCAUCCCCUUAUUCUGUUGUGUUGCUACCAACUUGGUUUGCAAGGAACAGAGCUUCAUCUGUGUACAUCAAGAUUGCUAAUUGCCAUCUGAAGGGUGAUAGUAAGCAUGAAGAUGCCUAAGCUUAUGAGGAAGCUGCAAACUGCGACCAAAAAUUCUCACUUCAGGGUACUCUCUUUCGAUCUCGAUCUCAGAGAGGAAACGAGGCAGCCACGGCCUCCUGCCCCCCCUCUCUCCCUCUCUCCCGUGCCUCCGCGCUGCCGCAGUACUCCCGCGCUGCACACCGCUGCUGCUCCCCAACGACGGCGCUCUGAUGGUGCUUGCUCGCCUGGUCGCCGCCUCGUCUCGCCCGAUCUUGAUAUCGUCCGGGGUGGCGCCGGCACCGCUCGACUGCGUCGUUGCCUCCUCUGCGUCAUGAGAAGCGCCACCAUUGCCUCCACCCCCACUGGGCAAGGAGGUCGAGGUGUUUGGGGGUUCGUGUUUCCUACACAGGCCAAAACACUAUUGGAGUUUGAAACCAGUCGUUUGGAGCAGAUCAGCUCAAAAGAGAUCCUUUGUACCAUUUGCAGACUACCCACCUUCCUCUGGCCUGGAGUCUCGCUCGCCUCUGUUUUCCCCCUAUGGACACACAUGAGACUCAGAUCUUGGCUCGUCGUAGAGGAAUCGAUAGCAAGAAUCAACCAGAGAAAGGAUGUACACAAGAUUUACUUUGUUCCAGCGCCUACUUUGGAUCAUAGGAAACUAAAAAAAAAGAGGGCGCCGCCACCACCGUCAUCAGGCUGGCCCACAUCCACGCGCUGCUCGGCGUCACCAGGUCACCGACACAACUCCUCACGCCCAGGUCGUUCAACAUUUUCAGCCGCUUUUGGUACGCCACAUUUAGAGUCUUUCUUUCCCAUUUUACCGUGUUUGCAUGGUAAGAUGUUUGGUCGGAUUUGAAGGUUCGUAGCCUUGACUCCAAAGCUUCAAACUCUUAUAGAAAUUAGAACUGAGGGCCUUUUAAAAUGAGUCCUGCAUAAUAGUGUUGUUCAGUGGUAUGCAGAUUUUUUUUUGGUCUGAUCGGCUAUCCUUGGUGCUGAUUUAAGUACUGAUUUCAUCAUCAUAUGACCACAAUAAAGAAGUUGUGUGUAUAAAUAUUA